GGGCAAGUACAAGCGAUCUAGGCGAUAUUUUGCACUAUUGAUAAAAGUUAAACAUAAGCAAAGGUUGGCCAUUGGCACGCGUCCAGUGUUUGCAAGUCCGUCCAACGGUUAACAGCUCCUAAAAUUAGCAAAUUAACAGCAGUUAUUAAAAAACAUUCCUCUACACGGGAAAGCAAUCAAGCAAUCGAUCCAAUCAUGUCGCAGUUGUAUGAACCCGCCGAGGUGGCCGAGCAGAAUGGCAAGAACGGCAAACCCUGCUGGCUGAUCAUCAAGGGAAACGUCUACGAUGUGACCAAGUUCCUGGUGGAACAUCCUGGCGGCAGCGAAGCUCUCCUCGAAUAUGGCGGCAAGGACGCCACCAAGGCCUUCAAGCAGGCCGGACACUCUUCCGAUGCCGAAAAGGAUCUGAAGAACUACAAAAUCGGAGAAAUAAAUUCGGCGGCACCCAUCCAAAGCCAGCCCACUUCCAUUGCGGCAAAAAAGCCGGCGGAAAGUCCCAUAUCAGGCGAUCCGGAACCGGCGAAAAAGAGCUCUUCCUCCUUCUGCUGCUGCUAGUCAUCGUUUUACACAUGUCAUUUAAUUGAUUUAUUAACAUAGGAUCAGGUCGUAAUUAAUUUAGCGUAAUUAAUUUGUAACUAAGUCUAGGUUUAUCUCAUAAUAGCUUCGCAACAUAGUCGUGCCCACAAAACUAUCCUAAAAAGAUCAACUCUUCUUACCUCGAUUUGAAAAAAUUGCAAAUAAAUCCGGUGGAGCUGCUCCACCAUAUUGGAAAAAAUUAAA